AGACGUGCACUAUUCACGUAAUUGUCGCCUGCUUUGCCGCAUCUACACUUGUCAUCUUAAAUGAUUAAAUCAAUUUUCCAUCUCCUUGUCCAUUUCUUCUUCUUUCUUAUUGACUCCUAAACCCACUCCACUUUCUAUACCCAACCCAUAAAAAAAAACCUCUAUUUUAUUCUAUUUGUUCUUCUCUUUCUGCCCCCUCCAGAGUCAAAGAAGUUGGCUGUUUUCUUUUCAGUUUUGAGGUUUCCUGUUGCUGUUUCCUGUUCUUCCAUGUGAUCCGCUAUUUGGGUGUUUGAGGAUUUCUCCCUAGUAAUUCGGAUGAUCCAUGCAAGGUGGUAGAAGAACGAUUUUCAUGGAGAUCUUUCGCCUUUGAAUACGUAGAGAGUAAUUGUUGAAGAGUGUGUGACAGAAAGAUACAGAGAGGAGGGCACAGAUUGGAAUUUUUGUUGCCUGACUUGGUUGUUUGGAAGAAAAGAAAAGAGAAGAGAAAGGAAAAGAAAAAGCAAAUGCCUCUUAGAUUGGCAGUCAUAGUGGAACAGAAUUUAGUUUGAAAGAGAGGGCGUGAUCCAAAACGGUCCAAAGAUCCAAACCCAGAUGCUAAAAUUCAUAGUUGUUGAGAGACAGAGUCGCAAAAGAAGAGGAAAGGUAUAGUUUCAAGAACUCAAGAGUUGCAGGACUGUAAGUCUCUUGUUGAGAUUGCUAAGGUUUUGGUUCAUAAAGUCAGCUUCAGCUUGAUAUAUCGUUGGUGGAGAAAUGAGCGUGGAUGAACCGGUGAAGCUGGACGAUGAGCAGAUAGCGGAGCUACGAGAAAUAUUUCGAUCAUUCGAUAGAAACAAUGACGGAAGCCUAACGCAGCUGGAGCUGGGAUCUUUGUUAAGAUCAUUAGGUCUGAAACCAACUCCAGAGCAGCUGGACGCCCUAAGUCAGAAAGCAGACAAGAACAGUAAUGGCCUAAUUGAGUUCUCAGAGUUCGUCUCACUUGUGGCGCCGGACCUUCUUCCAGCCAAGUCGCCAUACACAGAGGAGCAGCUGAGACAGCUGUUUCGGAUGUUUGAUAGAGAUGGCAAUGGCUACAUUACAGCAGCGGAGCUGGCGCACUCAAUGGCCAAGCUUGGCCAUGCACUCACUGCAGAAGAGCUGACAGGGAUGAUCAAAGAGGCAGACACUGACGGCGAUGGGCGGAUUAACUUUGAGGAGUUCUCUCAGGCGAUAACCUCUGCAGCUUUUGAUAAUUCAUGGGCCUAGACUCUUUUACAUUUCUGUGGUUUCCUUUGAUUCACACUUGUGGUGGAAUAUGAAAGUAUAAUGGUUCCCGUAGUUGCAGUGUUCUCAGUUUGGGGUGUCUCUUUUUUCCUCUAGCCUUCAUUCGAAAGUUCACACUUUAACAAGCAAUUUCUCCAAUUAGAAUUCCUGUCAGGCCAAGCCUGGUGGUGAUUA